AUGACCGAAGUGCUCUCAGCUCCUGGCGAUGGGAGCUCACAUUUUGCAUCCAGUCCUUUGCAUAGAUCUCCAUCUCAUUCUCUGGUUUCUCUCAACACCUCGAGCCGGUAUCUCCAAUCAUCCAAUUCAACAUAUCCGCAUUCUGAAUAUGGCGCCGAAUGCUCUGCCUCCGCUCCAUCAUCUGCACCAUCGUCACCGCAGACCGAACAUCACGGGUUUUCCCGGCAGUCUUCAUACGCCUCUACACCUGCAAGCAGUCUCUCUUUGGACACGAGGGUCGAUUUAGACGAUGAAGAUGUGGACAUUGCUUUUCCUUCCUUUGAAGGAGCGAAACAAGCUGAACACCAUUUGGUACGAGUUGAGGAGCCCAACUCUUACGCUGAGGAAGACACCUUGGCUCGGCCUCUAGCACUACAAAGAAUCGCCUCUUCAGACUUGCCACAUACAAUUCAUGACGACCAAGCCGUGGAAGACCAGCCAACCAGACAUGUCGACUACCUGUCACACGAAUGGAGGGAAGAAGAUAUCUGGUCUUCGUGGCGCUAUAUCGUUGCUAGAAGAAAUGUGUACAGUAACAGUGUGAGGUUAGAGAAUGCUUCAUGGAGAACCUGGACGAAGGCCAAGUACCAGUUGAAAACCGUCACGCCAGAAGCCCUUAAUUGGCUGAAAGACUGUGACGUGACAUGGCUUUACGGUCCGCUACACUCAGAUGUAAGGAAGUCUUUGAAUCCGUCAAACUCCCCACCUCCAAGUCGUCUGUCUACUUCAUCAUCCUUCCUUGACAAAAAGCCGAUUCUAAAGAAAAAAUCCGUUUCGCAAGUUAUUCUUCAGCGCUCUAUUUCAUCACACUCGCUUUUGCAACAAGCGGGAGCCAUGCUUCAAGCCCAACAGGCAGGCCCCACUAAAGGACGGCCGUCGUAUGAAAGGUCAACGUCGGACUUUCCUGUAGCGACUUUCAGUCGAGACUCUGUGGCAAACACACCAGCUGGUGAGGAGUCAGUCAGUUCAGCUAGUACGAGGCACUCUGGGAGCUCCUCUGGUCUUCAAUCCCCUAGCGAACGCAGACAUAUCCACUUCAACAAUGAAGUUGAGCAAUGCAUCGCGGUCGAUUCAAAGGAAGACGAUGAAGUGGAAGAGGAAGGACCACAAAGUACCCCUAGUGAAGACGACGAGGAUGACGAUGAAGGUAUCGUCAUGAUGAAGCAGGUCCCUUCGAGAGCCAAAAUCAGCAAUCGAAGCACCCCUAGGAACAGCUUUAGUAAUGAAAGCAAGACGAUAAAACCUCUUCCCUCCACAACAUUAAAAUAUCGUGGAGACACACCGGAACCUAACGAGGCGCAACAAUCGCAUGGAUUAAACGGAUUUUGGCCCACCAGAAAGACCUUAUCGCCCUCUCCUUCGCAGGAGACCCUACGCCCACCGAGGCCCCAGGCAAAUUUCCUUCUGGACGAUGACGACGAGGACGUUGACAUCCAAUGGCAGCCGUCAAGUUAUAUGAACACUGCACCGUCCUAUAGCGACACCUCAUCUUUCCAUUACACGGAUCCACAGUCAGAAGACGAAUAUGAUCCUGGUCCCGGUUUGCGUCGUACUCCUUCUGGUAUGUUCAUGCCGUACGAUGAGGAUGAAGAAGAGGCAGCCAUGAACAACAGCCUCUUUGGAAGAGUCGUCGACACUGUUAAUACCGCCCGAGACAUCGCCCAUGUGAUCUGGAAUGUUGGCUGGAGGCGCUGA